GUGCGUACGCGGCCCCCUCGGGGACAGAGGCGCGGAGGCCCACGCGCGGGUGUGCGGCCAGCGGUCCGGGGGCUGCGGAAAGGCAGGGGCGGAGCCGAGCUAAGGAGGCCCCUAGCCCCUCGCCGAGGAGCGAGCGCGCAGCCCGGAUCCGCCGCGCCCCCGCCAGGGAGCGAGCGCACAGGCCGGGCCUCGCCGCGUCCCCGAGAGGGAGCGAGCGCACAGCCGGGACCCUGCCGCGUCCCCGCGAGGGAGCGAGCGCACAACCCGGGCCCCGCCGCGCCCCCGCGAGAGAGCGAGCGCAUAACCUGGGCCUCGCCGCGGCCCCGCGAGGGAGCGAGCGCACAGACUGAGCCCCGCCGCGCCUCCGCGAGGGAGCGAGCGCAUAACCUGGGCCUCGCCGCGGCCCCGCGAGGGAGCGAGCGCACAGACUGAGCCCCGCCGCGCCUCCGCGAGGGAGCGAGCGCACAGCCCGCGCCCGCGCUCGUGCCCGCGCCGCUCGCAUGCCAGUCACGUCCGCCCCCUCGGCGGCCGCCCGAGAGCCGGCCCCGCCGAGCCCAGAGAACAGACGUCAAACUGCCUUAUGAAUAUUGAUGCGGAGGCGAGGCUGCUUUCGUAGAGGAGCAGAAGGAAGCAAGAUGGCUGCCCUGUAGGAUUUGUUAGAAAGGAGACCCGGCUGCGACGGCGGCGGACUGCGAGGCUGAGGGACCAGAACCAGGCUGGUAAACAUUCAGCAGCUUACCCUCCCAAGACUGUCCAUGCCCCUGGUUCCUGUUCUGCUACGGUGCUUGGAGGCAGGAGAUGGACUCGCUCAUGGUCUACAGGACAUGAUCCAGGAGGAGCAGUGAGGGACAGUGCUGCUGGAUUCAUUCAAAGGGCAGCCUUGUGGAUGGCCCCGAAGCAAGCCUGAUGGAACAGGACAGAACCACCCAUGCUGAGGGCACCAGGCAGAGUCCAUUCCUGAUAGCAUCACCUUCUCCCGUCAGCCAUACAGAACCUCUGGCUGUCAAACUCCAGAACGGAAGCCCAUUAGCAGAGAGACCUCACCCAGAAGUAAAUGGGGACACCAAGUGGCAGUCUUUCCAAAGCUAUUAUGGAAUACCCCACAUGAAAGGCAGCCAGAGCAGUCAUGAGAGUCCAGACUUCAUACAUGAAGGCAGAGGGUAUUCCGGGUGCUUACAAAACGGAGGGAUAAAACGCACAGUCAGUGAACCAUCUCUCUCUGGGCUCCAUCUGAACACAAAACUGACACUAGACCAAAAAGCUAAGGGAGAAAGUAAUAACUUCGGGGAAAGUCAAGAAGGAAACCCAGGUAAAAGCAGCAGCCACCCAAAUGUCUCCGGUCUGAGUGAUGACAGAGAGCCCGGGACCUCUACAGCCCAGGAAAGCACAGACAUAGAUGCUUUCCCAACACGGAACUACAAUGGAGUUGAAAACACAGAAAUUCCCGAGGAGCAGGAAGGGGGAAAUGACAGGAACGCUCUAUUACUUAAAAACAAGGCUGUGCUAAUGCCUAAUGGUGCUACAGUUUCUGCCCCUUCUGUGGAAGACACACAUGGUGAAUUCCUGGAAAAAACACAGUGUUAUCCAGAUUGUGUUUCCAUGGCCGUGCAGAAUAAUACCACACCUCACGUAAACGCCCUUAGCGGUCAGGCUGCUAUCGAGCUGCCUCGUGAGAUCACUCAACCAUCGCUUACCUCAGCACAGAUCAAUUUCUCGCAGACCUCAAGCGCCCAGCUGCCUCCAGAGCCAGCUGCAAUGGUGACUAAGGCCUGUGAUUUGGAUAGUGCCAGUAAACCAGCUGGAGUACUAGGUACCUGUGCUUUUCAGAAAGCAGAACACCAACAAAAGUCAGUUUUGGGAAUAGGCCCAUCAUCUUGUGCAGAAAACAUAAACAUCCAAGGGAACACGAAGCCGUUUGCUGAAGAAUACUAUGCUGGUUCCGACAGUGAUUUGCAAACUUCUCUUGGCAGCUCCGAACAGUGCAUAAAGCAAAAGGAAACCAAUGGUGCUUACUUCCGGCAAAGCUCAGUGUUCCCUGAAGAUUCCAUUUCUGCCACUACCAUGACGCCACCAUCACCAUCUCCUCUUGCUCCCCGUCCCGUUCUUCAGCUUCCUUCAGAAGGAAAAGGCACUCUGAAUGACGUAGCUUUGGAAGAACACCACCGCUACCCCAACCAAAGUGACCUAACUCUUUCAAGGGAAGGGAAAACAGAACACCAACCUAAGAAGACAACAUCUAGCCAGAGUCUGAACACAUCUGUACAUACACCCAACCCCCCCUUGAUGCUUCCAGAACAGCAUCAGAAUGACUGCGUCCCACCGUGCUCUGAAAAAACAAGGAAAGUGUCAGAUUAUCGCAUGUAUUACCUGCCAAAUCAUGGCCACGGUGGAGAUUUACAAGAAAAUAGCCAAUAUCUGAUGGGACACGGGGAGCACGAGAUUCUGAAGGAUGCAAACAAGGGGCAAACGCAAGGUUCUGUCCUGGCAGCGCCUGGCUGGAUAGAACUGAAGGCAUCACAUUUUCACAAAGCGCUCCAUCAGACAGAAUGCAAGGCUACGUCCUUGCACUCUGGCCUUCGCUAUCAGACCAGCCCUACCAAUCAGAUAGGCUCCAUACAGUCCACUGGAAGUGUAAACAUGACAGGAGAAUUCCAAAGGCCACCUUACAUCCAGAAAACGGCUCAGCCAGAGCAUAAGUCCCAAAUGUACCAAGUGGAAAUGAAUCAAGGACCCUCUCCGGGUAUGGGGGACCAACAUCUACAGUUCCAGAAAACUUCCUACCAGGAGUGCAUCUCCAGGACAGAUCUGCCCCCUGAGGCUCACGGGCCUCAGUAUCAUUUCCAUCAAAGAGUAGAUCCCUCCACCGACAAGCAACAGGCCACAGAGGCUGAACUAUUUUCCAGCUUUUUACAACAUACCCCUCAUAAGCAGGCAGCACAAACACAAGCAUCCCAGAACUCAAAUUUCCCUCAAGUCUGCCAGCAGCAGCAUCAGUUACAGAGAAAGAAUAAAGAGCAGAUGCCUCAGACUUUCUCUCACCUCCACGGUACCAACCAUGAGCAAAGUCAGGGCCAGUGUUUUGGCACGAUUAAAGCGGAAGAAAGCUUUUGUGGCGAAAAUCAGUACUCAAAACCGAGUAAUUUCCAAACUCACAGUGCCCAGGGGGGGUUGGAGCAAGUACAGAAUGUAAAUAGAAGUUUUCCUUAUGCGAAGAUCGAAACACCAAACUCAAGCAAAGUACAAACUCUCUGUUCAAAUUAUACACACCCGGCUUCCGAGAGCAGAGAACAAAAUCUACAUCUUGAUCUCUUCAUAGGAAAUAGGACCCCAAACCAGCAGAACACGCAGUGUUUCCCGAAUAAUGUGACCCCAAGUCAGGACGUCGCUCACAGGUGCUUUCAAGAACAGGAGCAGAAGCCUCACCAAGCUUCAUCUCUACAGGGUCUUAAAGGCAGGAGCCGGGAUGAGUUCUCAGUGCCUCCGGCUGAAGCAACUCAAGCGAGGUAUUUGGUGCAUAUUCAAGCAAAGGCACUCCCUGUGCCCAAGCAAGGAGGAAGUCACACACAGAUCUCCCCUCAGAAGGACACCCAGAAGCAUGCUGCCUUAAGGAGGCUUCUCUUGCAGAAGCAGGAACAGCAGCAAAUACAGCAAUCCCAGUCUGAGUCCGGCCAUCAUCAGAUGCCCAGGCCAAUCAAGAUUGAGCCUGGAUCCAAACUCUCUUCCUGUAAACACCCCACGUCGGGGCCACAAGAAAAUAUGCCCAAAAGGAUAAAGCAAGAGAGCCCCUUGCUGAGCUGUGAUGGUGGGCGGACGGAAAGCAUCAUCGAGACGAUGGAGCGACACCUGAAGCAGUUCCAGCUCAAGGCGCUCUGCGACUAUAAGAUCCUGACCCUCAACUCACAGAGACAGGGGGAUGUGGAAACGGCUACAAAUGCCCGCUCUGCGGGCUCUGAGAACCACACCCCAGCUGCAGAGCCACAAGCGUCUCUUUCAGAAAAGACGCCAACCAAAAGAACAGCCGACUCUGUUCUCACCGACGUUUCAGAAUCGCCUUCGGAUUCAGACACUCCUGUAGAGGAUAUCAGUUGCGAAGCGUGCAAAAAUGCAGCUGAGAAACGUAAGAAGCGUAAGAAGCGCAGUCAAAAUAACUCCAACCGAAUGGUACAGAGAAAGUCUGGACCCAGCAAGGCGAAACAGAGGCGGAAAAGGAAGAGACGGUCAAAUGAAAAAGAUGAAGGUCCUUAUUAUACCCAUCUAGGAGCUGGUCCUAAUGUGGCAGCUAUUAGAACAAUCAUGGAAGAAAGGUUUGGAGAGAAGGGUAAAGCUAUUAGAAUUGAAAGAGUCAUAUAUACUGGUAAAGAAGGCAAGAGCUCUCAGGGAUGUCCUAUUGCUAAAUGGGUGUAUCGGAGGUCAAGUACUGAGGAGAAACUGCUGUGUCUGGUCCGCGUCCGAGCCAAGCAUACAUGUGACACUGCAGUGAUCGUGAUUGUCAUCCUGCUGUGGGACGGAAUCCCGAAGCCGCUCGCGUCCGAGCUCUACUCAGAACUCACAGAGAUUCUGAGUAACCGUGGCAUAUGCACCAACCGCCGCUGUGCUCAGAAUGAAAAUAGAAACUGUUGUUGUCAGGGUGAGAAUCCAGAAACCUGUGGUGCCUCCUUUUCUUAUGGUUGUUCUUGGAGCAUGUACUAUAAUGGAUGUAAGUUUGCCAGAAGCAAGAACCCAAGGAAAUUUAGGCUACAUGGAGAUGAGCCAAAAGAGGAAGAGAAACUUGGCUCUCACUUGCAAAACCUGGCUACUGUUAUUGCUCCCAUAUACAAGAAACUUGCACCUGAUGCCUACAGGAAUCAGGUCGAGUUUGAACACCGAGCUAUAGAAUGCCGUUUGGGUCUGAAGGAAGGCCGGCCAUUCUCAGGGGUCACUGCAUGUCUGGACUUCUCUGCUCAUGCCCACAGAGACCAGCAGAACAUGGCCAAUGGCAGUACAGUGGUGGUCACCCUCACUAGAGAAGACAAUCGAGAAGUCGGAGGGCAGCCAGAGGAUGAGCAGCUCCAUGUACUGCCUCUGUACACCAUUGCUACUGAGGAUGAGUUUGGGAGCACAGAAGGUCAGGAGGAGAAGAUUCUGCAGGGGUCCAUUCAGGUUCUGCACUCUUUUCGGAGGAGAAGAGUCAGGAGGUUAGUGGAUCCACCCAAGAAUUGCCGACAGAAGAAAUUGGAGGCCAAGAAAGCUAGAAAGCUUUCUUCUCUGGAGAAUUGCUCGAAUAAGAAUGAAAAGGAAAAGUCUUCCUCACGUACAAGGCCGAUGGAAAAUGCAAGCCCUAUGAUACAGAUGACAGCACAACUUCGGCUUUCGGGAUCUGUCAUCCAGCAGCCACAGUCACUCCAGAGGCACCUUCAGCAAGUGCAGAGGCCACCUCAGCCACAGCCACCUCAGCCACAGCACAUCUUGCCCAGUAACUCUCAACCUGUUGGUUCUCAUUCUUCUGGAUCCACCAAUGUAUACAUGAGACAGCCUGCUCCACUUAGUCCUUACCCCAGCUCUUCACACGCUGCAGAUAUGUACGGAGAUGCCAACCAUGUGAACUUCCACCCCACUUCAUCUCAUGCUGCGGGAUUAUAUUUGAGUCCUUCUAAUUCCAUGAACCCCUACCCCGGGCUUUUCAAUCAAAAUAACCAAUACGCAGCUUCUCAGUGCAAUGGGAGCAUGUCGGCAGACAGCGGUCCCCCUUUCUUAGGUCCUUAUUCCCCCCAGUCUCAGUCCAGGGGUCUGCAUAGAUAUCCAAACCAGGACCAUCUCAGCAAUCUGAACUUACCACCCAUCCACACGCUUUACCCACAGAGGUCAGACAGCCCCUUUAAGUACUUAAAUUAUGGAAACCAAAACAACGUGCAGAGAGAUAGAGAUGCCUUCACUAACUGUCCCUUAAAACCAAAUGUACACCACCUACCAACGUUUUCUUCUUACGCCACCCCCAAGAUGGAUGGCCAUUUUAUGGGAGCCGCCUCCAGACUACCGUACAGCCACCCAAACAUGGAGUACAAAUCCAGUGACCAUCAUCUCCCUCCCCACAUGAUUCACGGCUACCCCACAGCAGCUUCAGGCUCAGUGAGCAGUUCCAGUCACGCCUUCCACAACAAGGAGAAUGACAACAUGGUCUCCCACACAGCCAAUGGGUUAUCAAGAGUGCUUCCAGGGUUUAAUCAUGACAGAACUGCUUCUGCUCAAGGUCCGUUAUACAGUCUGCCGGACUACAGUCAGGAAAAGCAGCCCGGGGUGUCAGGCCAGGAUGGGGCUUCUGUGGAGGACAUUGAGGUUUGGUCAGACAGUGAGCACAACUUCCAGGAUCCUUCCAUCGGAGGAGUGGCAAUAGCCCCCACUCAUGGGUCAAUUCUCAUUGAGUGCGCCAAGUGUGAGGUCCACGCCACAACCAAAGUAAACAAGCCCAAUCGGAAAAAGCCCGCCAGGAUCUCACUUGUCUUUUACCAGCACAAGAACUUGAAUGAGCCAAAACAUAGCUUGGCGGUCUGGGAAGCCAAAAUGGCCGGAAAGGCCCGGAAAGAAGAGGAAGAGUGUGAAAAGUAUGGAUCAGACCACGUGUCUCAGAAAAAUCACGGCAAACGGGUAAAGCGUGAGCCCACGGGGCCACAGGAAACUCCCAAGCCCAGUUACCUGCGCUUCAUCCAUUCUCUUGCUGAGAACACAGUGUCUAUGACCACAGACUCGACCGUGACUACAAGGCCAUAUGCUUUCACUCAGGUCACAGGGCCUUACAACACAUAUGUAUGACACUGGUCAGUACGCCAGACCACCAAGGACAACCUGUCAGUCAUGUCUUUCAUUCAUGGUAUGGGCAGUAGGGGCAGGUGCAGUGUGUGUUUGUGUGUAUGUGUGUGGGGGGGAGGGUUGUCAGCUCACCAGCAAAAUAGUUUAUUUUACCAUUAUACUUAAUCUCUACCGACUUCUCUUGCGGUCACUGGUGACUGGUGGCAUUCGGGAAGAGUAAAGCACCCUGUGCCGAGGGACAGUGGGAAGAAAGCGCUCUACGCUUGUUUUCAAAACCACUGGUUCUCUUACUGGCUGAGGCCAUGCCUGUGACACGCCCCUCUCACUACUCUACACGUGACCGCUUCUAAUACCACGGGCAUGUGAUGAUGGAGCACAGUACUGUAGUAGGAGAGCUGCAGGAAUCAUCCGGUGCUGAUGUAGGAAAUACUGGAAUUAGGACUUUUUAACAUGCAGUUUUUACUGUAACCUUAAUAACUUAUUUAUCAAAGUAGCUACAGAAAGCUCAAGUGAAUGAUGGCAAAACACUGAAUUUGUUUGGGUGUUAACAUUAAAUGGUGCUACAAAAAACGGUGUUUUUAAAUAGCUGAAAAAAAUGCCUUUUAUCAUGCAGCCGGUGUAGUCUAGGGCCCCUGAGGAACUGGGGCGCCUUUGAUUCACAUUUCUAUCUUAAUUAUUACUCAGCUUAGUUUUUCAAAUGUAGACAUCUUAAAGGCCUCUGGAUUGAUUGUCAUUGUCCAUCGAUGUCCUUGUAGGACUAUAAACAAUGUGUGCACAUACACACCUACACAUGUGUACUGAAAUGUUUUAAGUGGUGUCUUAGAAGCACUUUGCUUACCUAAGCUUCGGCGACUUGAGCAAUGCUAAGGUACUGAAACUUAAAAAAAAAGCAAAAAAAAAAAAAAACAAAAAAACAAAAAACAAAAACAAACAAAAGUUUACUAUCAUUUAGGAUUAGAAGUUUUUUUUUUUUUUUAAGGAAACCUUCAAAAGCAUUUGCUUUGCCCUUAGCCACGUGUCGGCUGAUAAGCAGUAUCACCGCUGUCAGGCCUGUCACGAUUCAAACCCAAGGUGAAUGGAUAGGCUAGUCUACAAAACACGUUUCCUGGUGCUUAUGUUCCGUGCUAUAUAUACUACAAAACAGCGGUGGGGCGCGCACCUAAGAACGGUUGCCUGCAGGUGAUCGCGGCCACACGCUACAGACAGCGAAGCUUGCCCCCACACACCUGCGUUGCCCUACAGAGCUGGGUGUUGUUCUUCGGGACAGCAGGCUGCCUUUGUGUUAGCUGUUUGCUUUGUGGUGUCCUUCCUUAGCUAAGUGUUGUACGUGCCAGGAAGACCGAGUGGACUGAGACCUGCACAAUCUGAGAAGACAGGCUUAGGUCCAUAGAGCUCUACUGGUUACAAAGCAAAAACCGAAAGGAAAUAGGCAGCUGGUUUGCUGUGGUGAUUUUAAACAUUAAUUUGUAUUAAAAAGGUAAAAGAGUUGUAUAGUAAAUUAAAUUGUAAAACAAAACCUUUUUUAAUGUAAUGCUUUAGUAUUUUAGUACUGUAAAAAAUUAAAUAUAUACAUAUGUGUGUAUAUAUAUAUACUAUAUAUAUAUAUAAUAUAUGAGAUUGAAGCAAAAUCCACAUCAUGAUGGUGCUACCCAUAUUGCUCCACAUAGAUCUUAAUGUGAGCUAAGAAUCCAUUCAGAGUUGGAGUGGUGUUCCUACUUGUCGUAAUACCUCAACAUUAGCUUGGCAAUGGGAUACUGAGCUAAGAGUGGAAGCUUAGAGCAUUGUAUACCACCAUUUUUUUUUAAAAAAAUCUUUGUAUUAUUAAAACAUACCAUUUUUAAAUACUUGAUUUCUUAGCAAGUAUAACUUGAAUCUCAAACUUUUUUGUUCUAAAAAUUCAGGGAUAUUUCAGCUCAUUCUCCUUAUGCCAACAUGUCAUCUUGUUUAUGUAAAGUUGGUUAAUAUAUUCUCUUUCAGGGAUUUGACUCUUUUUUUAUUAUUAUUAUUAUUUUGAAUCCCUCCUACUUUGCUUGUACAUGUAAUGAUAACUAAAAACUUAUUUUAUAAAUUUGUCAACUUUCAAUUGUAAAUUUCGGAAAGUUUGAGUUCAGCAAAGUGAAAAGUCUAAAAUAGGAAGCACUGAGCUGGUAAAGGGAAAACUGAGAGGAUAAAAAUCACCCCCCAUGGCCCUCAGCCAAGUCGCCAGUAAUGGCUUCUGAUGUAGUGAUGAGGACAGCUUUGGACUGCAGCUCUCCAGUCCCGGGAGCUGGUGGUGUGCAGUGCAAUAGGACUCUUGUUACAUUGUGGCCUAAAUACAGUGUUGCUUAUUAGCUUUUUCAAAUAGCUUUGUGUCAGUGGAGACCUUUGUAACUUUUUGGUCACAUUUUGUCACUGAAAACUUUGAGAAUGUCUGCCUUGCACACAAAACCACAAGGUUAAUGGUUUCCACACCACGAUGUUUGGUCCACAUCAGGUUCCUGCAGGUGUGUGUGGCAGUUUUGAGAGCCAGGCAUCCCUUAGGAACAUUUGCUUUACAUGUCACCCAACCGUCAUUUGUCAAACUGCUGGCCAACAGGAGCAGUAAGUGUGGUUUGAGAGGAUGGAUCAUGUAGGAAGAAAGGCAAUGACAUCCCCCCAUCUGCAUUAGAUCUCGUGGCAAGCAGAUCUGUGAUUUGCUUCUGUAGGAACAGCUCGAUGGCAUAGCCACACUUGAAAUUGCUUCUGCUUGGUGUCAACAUUACUUGAAUGACUUUUUCAUCCUGAUUGACGCACAGUGAUGUAUAGUUCACUUUAUAAGGUAGUGUGGUUAACUCGUUAGGAAGUUUUUUGCAGUUUGACACUAAGAUAACUGAAUCUCCGUGUGCAUUUUUCUACGCUUUAUUUUUUUAAUGUAGUUUCAUGAGAUGUUGGCUUUGUUUAUACAAUCUGAGGGUGGUUAUAAAUACUGUAAGUAUUGUAAUGUUAUGAAUGCAGUUUAUUUUAAAGCUGUUUAUUAUAUCAUUCCUGAUAACGCCAUGUGAGUGUUUUUAAUAAAAUUUAUAUUUAUUUAAUGCA